UCCCUCUUGUCCUGUCAUUGGCGGACAUUGGGCUUCAGGACUGAUAAAAGGAGGGGUGUAAACGGCACUAGUUACCACUUGGAUUGGAUGGACUGAGUCAGCGGCUUCUACAUCAGCAGAUCAUCGUGCCAUUCGGUAUGCCAUCUGCUCACCUCGUCAUCCUGACUACUCUCUUCAUUGGUGCAAUGGUCGCGUUGACGUCUGGUGCUAGAACCACACACUGGCCCAAACCUCAGAUCCCCAAAAAGCCGCCUCCAGGUGGCAGCAAUGGGGGACUAGAAUAUGGACUGACCACCACAACCCCAUACCCCUCCAGCAGUCUGCACACAGAAGAAACAACCGAGUUUAUGACUGAUACUUACCCCCUGUCCCCCUCAGACAGUAGCACCUACCCCAGUGAUACUCACCCAACGGAACUUCCCACCAACAUAGCCCCCCUUGGGAACGGCCACGAAAACUACACUUUUGACCACAACGAAUGCUUCUUCAACUUUUGUGAGUGCUGUCCUAUAGAGAGAGGCCCCGCAGGGCCCACGGGAGAGAGAGGGCCGCCAGGGCCGCCAGGAGAGGGGGGUCCACCUGGGUUGCCAGGCGAUAAGGGAGAAAGUGGACUCAGAGGAUCUCCAGGACCAGCAGGAUUACCUGGAGCCAGUGGACUCAGUGGCAGCAAAGGUUUGAAAGGUGAUCAAGGCCUUAAGGGUCACCCUGGUUCUGCAGGGAUCACAGGAAAACCUGGAGAAAAAGGCGAUCCUGGCCCCGGUGGAGAAAAAGGUGAACAUGGUUUAAGUGGGCUGAAAGGGGACCCCGGAGAAAGAGGAGAGCCUGGAAUUAAGGGCAGCAUCGGGCCCAUGGGUCCCUCGGGAAUAGUCAGUACAAAGGGUCAGAAAGGUGAACAAGGAGUUCCAGGCAGUUGUUUUCCAGGUGAGAAAGGAGAGAAGGGAGAUGUGGGUGAGCAUGGGUCACCUGGUCCUAGAGGUGAAACGGGCUCUCCAGGAGUGAAUGGAACUUUUGGCGAAAAGGGAGAAAUGGGUCCUCCAGGAGUGAAGGGGAGUAUUGGAACAAGAGGACUCCCAGGUUCAAGGGGCGUGGCAGGAUUCAGGGGUGAGAAGGGACCCAAAGGUGGCCGUGGGCCCCGGGGACCUAAAGGUAAUCCAGGUGAGAAUGUGGAUCAGGUUCGCUCUGCUUUCAGUGUGGGUUUGUUCCCCAGCAGAUCUUUCCCUCCACCUGGUCUCCCUGUGAGGUUUGAUAAGGUGUUUUACAACGGGGAGGGGCACUGGGACCCAGCGCUCCAUAAGUUCAAUAUCACAUACCCAGGGGUCUAUUUAUUCACUUAUCACAUCACUCUACGUAACCGGCCUGUGCGUGCAGCCCUGGUGGUUAAUGGCAUACGGAAGUUGAAGACAAGAGAUUCCCUCUAUGGCCAGGACAUUGAUCAGGCAUCCAACCUUGCACUGCUGCAUCUGAAUGAGGGUGACCAGGUGUGGCUGGAAACUCUGAGAGAUUGGAAUGGAAUUUACUCUAGCAGCGAGGAUGAUAGCACCUUCUCUGGAUUCCUGCUUUACCCAGACUCAAAGAACAACACCACUGCUAUGGAAAACAAAUAA